AUGGAAGACAACAGUAAGCAGAGCAAGGGAGGCGAUGGCAGCAACGACGCUGCCAUCAAGGAUCAAGUAUUGACGGUUCUGCGGGAGCAGAAGAUCAAGCUAUGGGUUCCGCCGUAUGUGAAUGACCAUGGCGAAACCGUGGAAAAGGCUUUGGAAGAUCUUGUCAAUCAAAAUGCCGGUCUUCUCCCGGGUUCUUCACAAGGACUGGUCCUUCAGUCUCUCAAGGAUCUGCAGUCGCACGCCUUGGCAAAACUGCAAGCAAAGAAGCUAUCAACAACAACAGCGAGCCCCAAAUCAGUCAGAACCACGUUGUUGUCGUCGACACCCGUCAACCUGGAGGCGAAAAUCCUGGGGCUUCCCAAACAUUUUGAAGUUGAUUUGAGCAGCAUUGACUGCUCCAUUGCCAAAAAUGUUUCCUUGUUCACGGAAAAGGCGCCCGUUCUCCGCCUUGAUGGGGUGUCGCUACAGCACACGACCGACGUGCAACUGUUGGAUUUUCUUCGGGCCGUCUUUCACACCAACAAUGUUCGUGUCAUUCACCGUGGAAAAACAUUGACUGGGCCAACCAAUGGUCAUGAAAUGGGUCCUACUUCUUUGGGUUGUCUCCUGCAAUCUGCCGCGGUGGUUGUGCCUCUUUUGUGCAUGGUCUCUCCCAAAAGUCAGAACAAUGCGGGUGACAAAGGCCAAGAACCCGCCAACACUCUCUAUUCGCGUAUUGCCGCCAUUCGCCAAGCAGCACGGCAAAUUCGAGACAGUACCAACCUGGAAAUCACGGACCAGCAUGGCGUCACGGUGCCCAUGUCGGCGGAUGAUCGGUUGGGAUUCCUGACGGCGUUGGCCCUUCAUCGAAUGGGAGUUCAGACAGACUUGACAACACGGGAAGACGCAUUGGUCUUGUUGCUGGAAGCCGACAAGGAGUGGAAGGAUCAUCCUCGUUUGCAGCCUUGGAAGGACCGUGUCGACAAUUAUGGGCUCCUCCAACUUGAUAUUGCAUGGGUUUACCUCCAGCUCGAGUCUCUUGACAAUUUGCCAGACAGCAUCCAGCGCCUGGAAGAAGCGGAACGUGUUUUGCGAAAGCAAGUCCACGUAAACUUUGUGACGCUGGCAUUGGCCCAAGCCGAGAUGGGGAACUACAAAGAGGUUCCUCCUCUAUCAGCAGUGUUUGCAAAGCUCUUCGUUCUGCAGGGGAUUGCAUACUUAUGCGACAGCAGACUGAAUCCUGGCAGCGCUGCCAAAGGUCAAGAACGGCUCAAUCAGGCCUUUGUAUUGUUGCAGAGUCUGCGAAUGUUGGCUCCCGACGACGCCGUCCAGCAACUCCUGGAGAUAUCUCAACGUGACAGUAUUGCACCCUCGGAUGCAAUUGCGGCCCUCCGUCAAAGCCAAGGCAACCUGGAUGUAGCUGCGAUGGCCCUGGCUGAAGCAGAAACUACGCGUCAACAACGACAACGAGACCGGGAAGUCCAACACAACCACGGGGUGUGUCAGAAUGAAACAGAUCCCGUGGAUUUGGCCCUCGUGGAGAAGCUCCGCCCAUUGUUGGGGUCCAGCGGCAGCACUGAUCUGGCCGUCGGGCUGUUGCGGUUAUCUAAUAAUGACUUGUCCCGCGCACUCGAUCUCUACGCCGAGUGCGAACUUUCGCCAGAUGCCGUCUCGACAAGAGUGGAAACGUUGGAUGAACGCUUGGUGCAACGUGGUUUAUUGAACCGCACCGUCUGGAGGAACAAGAAGCGCAAGUUGAGCCGUAUGAAAGAAAAGCCUGUGGACGAAAUGGCGCUGGUGACGCUGCUGAGCAUGGGUGUGGAUGAUCGCCAGGCACGGUUGGCGCUCCAGAGCAAUGCCAACAACGUGGAACAAGCACUUUUGUGGUUGUCGACUACGACAGAUGUCACAACGGAGGCGGCGGCGCCUGCUGCCACUGGUGUUGCGGAAGAAUCCACCGCCCCAACAGGGUCGGUCCAGGGAAAGACCGAGGGCGAAGACGAGGAAAUGGCGCCGAGUGAGGAAGUUGGUUCUGGCCAAGAGGAACGUACACAGGAUGAUGACGAGGACGAUAGCGCUGAAAGUGAUGUGCACUUUGAGGAUACCGUGGAAUGGGCCGCCAAAGAGUUGUUGCACCAAGAAUUGGGAGAUAUCUUGGAAGAACGAAACUUGGAAAAGGAAGUCCUUGGGCUGAGCCUGGAUGAGGAGUGGCGUCUUGUACUAAAGUACCGGGGAGAUGCCAACUAA